UGGCUGGAGGAAUGGAUGGAGGCCAGACAUGGAGGCCGCUCCCCGGGUCAGAUCCAGCCUUCUCAGAAUUCUGCUGCAGGUUGGGAGGCUCUCUGCGCUGCUGAUCCAGAACCGCGCUCACUUGUACCGCCUUCUGCUCCUGAAGAUGGCCAUCUUUCAGCACUGGGUGUUGGGGCUGGCCCAGGAAGCCCGAGGGUCCGGCAGUGACCAGGCCCGCCUGCUUCCAGAAGUCAUCAUAACCCGUGCUCUGGGCUUGGUCCUUCGAGCUGGACUGGCCUUGCUGUGGUUCCCCAUGUGGCUGCUGCUCUGGGGACCCAGGCUGGCGUACAGAGUCGGGCUGUGCUGUACCCACACUGUGAGGCUGGCCUUGGGGCACCUCUGUGCCUGUGAGCUUCUGUGUCUGUCUCCAGCCACCCUCAGGGACCUGUUUCUCUCCUGCCUGCAUAGCCUCAUGCUGGUGGCUUUGCUGAUGAUGCUUCUAACCUGGAAGCUGGUGCAGAAAGCCCAUCACUUUAGUCUGGGCUGGCUGUCCAGCCAGAAGUCUGUGAUGCUGGAAGCCCUGGCCCUGCUGAGGCGCCUCUACCUGUGGGUGGAGCACAGGACCACAAUCACUUCCUGGAACCUGGCCUAUCUUGUCACUUGGAUAACCUGCCUUGCUUUUCACCUGCUUCAGGCUGCCUUUGAACACACAGCCCAACUAGCCCAGGCCCAAGAGGCCAAAUCCCAGGAGCCCUCAGGGCCCUCACCUGAGUUCUUAGUUCCAGAAUCCUCCACCACUGAGUCUGGACCCCUCCCACCCCAGCCUGAAUCCCCCAGAGAAUAAAUGUGUCCCUACCUGC